AUGAUUUGGUUUACAGCGUUAAUCAUUGUUUUGGCUGCAGUAUCGGCUAAAAAUGACGGAAGGCGGGAAAUCACCUGUUUUCAGUCGCAUGACUUGGACUUCAACAGUGCUACCGCAAGAAAGCGCUCAAACUGCGGACAUUGUGUGUAUCAGGAGACCCUGAUGGGACAUGAUGUGGUUGCAGUCACGCGUCAGUGUGUUGGACAAGAAUGCAAUCCGUACGAAGACGUCGUCGAUGGCUACGGAAAGAACCGUUUUUGUUGUACUACCGACCUGUGCAACGAGUCAAAGGAGAGAGGCAAGUUUUCAAACGGCCCAAAUCCCAUUUAG